AUGGCAGAAUCUCUGCCGUCUGACCACAACGGAACUCCUUGCAGCCUGACAUCUGCAGUGCGACUGCCAUGCGGAGUAACUAUUAACAAUCGAUUCGUGAAGGUCGCAAUGUACGAACAUGGAGCUGCGAUCUUCGGUGGGCCGCCCAACACAUACCACCAAGAUCUUUACCGAAGAUGGUCUGAUGGGCGGUGGGGCAUGAUUAUUACCGGGAACGUUCAAGUGUCUCCCGACCAUCUUACUCUCGGGCGAGAUAUGGUAAUACCGGAUACUUUGGAAGAAUCGACGGUUCAACCCUUCAAAGAUCUUUCCUGUGCAAUUCGUUCUUGUUGCUCUCAGACCCUGGCGAUUAUGCAACUCUCGCAUGCUGGAAGGCAGUCACCUAAUGUCCUGGGGGGGCGUAAGCCCUUCGCAUCCCCUCUCGCUCCCAGUGCAAUCCGUCUAGGGAACGACUUGACCCAUGACACUAGCUUCGUCGGCCGAGUUCUCUACAGGGUCCUGUUUCAAACGCCCAAAGAGAUGCAACUCGACGAUAUCGACCUUACCGUGCGGCAGUUCACGCGAGGAGCGCAGCUCGCCGUUGAAGCUGGUUUCAACGGUAUUGAAUUGCACGCGUCUCAUGGAUACCUCCUCGCCCAAUUCAUAUCGCCCAAAAGCAACCACCGAUCAGAUGCUUAUUCUACCGGCGAUCAUGCUUUAGCGCUGGUUCACCGUAUACUUGUCUCUAUCCGUGAUGCCUUACCCUUAGACUUCAUCAUUGGAAUAAAACUGAACGCGGCUGAUUAUACUGGUGUGACAUUCGCGAACCAGUGCGACAGAUCCACAGCCGCUGAUGUGCCUCUGAGGCAUUGUCGCGAGAUCGCGGCAUGGGGCCUCGUGGACUUCAUAGAGAUCAGCGGAGGAGACUACGAAAACCCAGAGUUCAUGGGCACUUUCCAACCCUCUUCCGACCGUCAAGCUUUGUUCUCUGACUUCUCGCGGAAGGCCAUCGCUGCUCUUACGGCCUUGCGCCAUGAUGGACCCAAAGCUACUCCAUUGAUAUUGCUCACGGGCGGCUUGCGCACUGCUGCGCAGUGUACCUCGGUCUUGGAGAACGGUCAUGCACAUUUGCUAGGGAUUGGACGCUCGUCGGUCGUGUACCCGGACUUCCCACGGAGGUGUGAACGGAUGUGGCAUACCGUGAACAGGCUAGUCGGCUUCCCCAAACUCAUAGGCGCCGGCAUGGAAAUGGCGUGGUACAUCGUGAUGAUGAGGCGUAUCGCGGAAGGCCAGGAGGUAGACACGAACGUCGGUGGGGUAAGUGCUGUGAUGAAAAUGUGGCUUUGGGGAGCGCCCUCGAGAAGAAGCGGGCACGAGAAGACUGCGCUCCCAUGGCGGUCCAUCCUGGUCGUACUUCUCACCGCUGCCAUACUCUUCGUCCGGCGGAUAGUGGAGUGA